AUGGGAAGACGACAGUCUACGGGUAACCGGAGGUCCCUCACGGGUGCCUCCGUAGCCAGUCCCAAGAAGUCAGGUUCUGACUCGAAUGGCUCCGUCGGUCCGCUCCGUCUUUACGACGACGAGGGGAAUGAUAUCACACCCUUGCCCAUGAUCCUAGAGGAUCGGAGAAGGAAAGAACAGGAGAAGGAGAAUGCCUUAGAUCCCUCAAUGCUGCAGGCCUCCUCGAUUCCGCACCACGGGACUGCAUUUUCACGUUCUGCAGUCAGCAUUACAAACCCCUUCAUGGAAUCCACCACCGACACAAGCGAAGACACCAGCAAGAAGAAGGAAAGCACAGUUGGAGGACAUCAUGAAUCCUACGAACGUGUUUGGUAA